AUGUUGAGGACUGCAACUCAAAGUACGCCUUCCGAAAAAGUCUCACAGAUCGUGAUGGCGUAUGAUGAAGAGAAAACUCAAUUUCUGUCGUCGCCGACAAGCGACGACGAGACAGCACGAGUCGACGAGGAAGAGCUAGUUAUGGACCAAGGACUUGUCGCAUGGCUUCAAGUUCUUGGAAGCUGGAUUUUGUUUGCCAAUACCUGGGGUUUGACAAACUCAUUCGGAGUCUUCCAAGCCUACUACUCCAACGUCCUCUUACCAGACGUCAACCCUUCGGCUAUUUCUUGGAUCGGCUCCAUCCAGAUCUUUCUUAUGAUGCUCAUCGGUGUCUGCGCGGGUUGGCUUCUCGACGCGGGGUAUCUUCGCUUCAUCCUCAUUUGCGGCACUACCAUGACGUCUCUCGGGCUAUUUAUGCUGAGCUUGUGCACAAAGUAUUGGCAGAUUCUCCUCGCGCAGGCGCUCUGUGUCGGAAUGGGCAGUGGGUUGCUGGGGUUGACUUGUGUGGCCGUGAUUCCUCUCUACUUCCGCACGAGGAGGAUGAUAGCGACUGGCAUUGCUGCUACGGGAAGCAGUCUAGCGGGAAUUGUGUAUCCCAUCAUGGAGAGACGCCUGAUUGCAUCCAUUGGCUUUCCUUGGGCUGUUCGGGUGUUCGCAUUCAUCGUUACCGGAAGCCUCCUGAUUUGCAUUGCAAUCAUGCAUCUUCGGCCCAAUCUCAAGCGGCGUGGUGCUCUCUUUCGCCUGAAGCACUUUCGCGAUGUUCCCUAUGUCUCAUUUUGCAUCGCCUUCGCCCUGAUGAUUGGCUCGGUUUACAUCCCCUUCUUCUACGUAGAUGCCUAUGCCAUUCGUCUGGGCGUCGAUCAAGACACUUCCUUUUACAUCCUCAGCGCCAUGAACGCUGCAAGUCUCCUCGGCCGUCUAGCCCCCAACUGGCUUGCUGACAAGUACGGCGGUAUGACCGUUAUGCUCCCUUGCUGUCUUUGCUCGGCCACCGUUCUCUUUCUCUUCCGCUUUGCGACCGACCUGCCGGGUUUGGUCGUAAUAUCAAUCGUGUACGGCUUCGUCUCGGGCGGCAUGGUAUCUUUACCUCCGGCUACUAUUGCAAAUUUGACGGAUGAUUUGUCAGAGUAUGGGACGAGAAUGGGCAUGGGAUACACCAUCGCCAGCUUUGGCGCGUUGAUCGGGAACCCUAUUGGAGGUGCCGCGCAGCGUCCGCAAGGGAACACAGCGACAGAUGUGCAGAGGGAGUUUCAGGGUACUUGGAUUUUUGCGGGGGGGUUCAUGCUCGCAGCUUUCAGUUCGAUGGUGAUAUCAAAGUACGUCAGAGUUGGAUCGGUCUUGCGCGGUAAAUGCUAG